GCCGUGACAGUCACGUGACAGUCGACUAUGGCUCCGCUCUCGUAGUGAUGGAGGCGCAUCGCUAGCAACAAAACAAAACAAAACAGAGACUUUUGUUCGUUCACUCGUCCACGGACUCAAGUUUGGAUUUACGAUGCAGAAGAUCAAGUCUCUCAUGGCCCGGCAGGGCCUGAAGAGCCCCCAGGAGAGCAUGGCAGACCUCAGUCCGGUGGAGAACCUCAGGAUCCCCAGCAAGGAGGAGUUGCGGGAGAUGAGGGAACAGUCCAUCGACCCCCAGGCGGAGCAGGAGAUCAUCAACAGCAUCGAGGAGGUCUACUUCUCCAACGACUCCUUCGACAUGGUGCAGCACGAACUGGAGAAACUCCCACCUGAGCUGAACCUGCAGGAGCUGGAGGAGUAUCGAGACAAACUGAAGAGACAACAGGCAGCAGUUUCUAAAAAGGUCGCAGAUCUCAUUCUGGAGAAACAGCCUGCUUAUGUCAAGGAACUGGAGCGAGUGACCGCUCUACAGACCAACCUGCAGCUGGCAGCUGUCAUUUGCACUAAUGCAAGAAGACAACUGAGCGUGGCAAAGGAGGGAUUCACGGAGGCCAGCCUGGGUCUACUGGCCAAUCAGAGGAGAAGACAACUGCUGACAGGCUUGCUGAAGUCACUGAGAACCAUCAAGACACUGCAAAGAACAGAUGUACGACUCAGCGAGAUGCUUGAGGAGGAAGACUACCCAGGUGCAAUCCAGUUGUGUCUGGAAUGUCAGAAAGCUGCCAGCACCUUUAAACACUACAGCUGCAUCAGUGAAUUGAAUUCCAAACUGCAAGACACCCUGGAACAGAUAGAGGAGCAGCUUGAUGUCGCCCUGUCGAAGACCUGUAAAAACUUUGAUGUUUCGCACUACACCAAGGUCCAGCUGGCUUACACGCUCCUGGGCAAGACGCAGACCGCCAUGGACCAACUGCACAUGCACUUCACCCAGGCCAUCCACAACACCGUGUUCCAAGUGGUGCUGGGAUACGUGGAGCUGUGUGCCGGCAACGCUGACACCAAGUUCCAGAAGAUGCAAUACAAGGACUUGUGCACGCAUAUCACCCUGGACAGCUACAUCCCCUGCCUGACCGAUCUGUGCAAGGCAUUGUGGGAGGUGAUGCUGAGCUACCACUGCACCAUGCAGUGGCACGAGGAGCACGACAAGCAGGAGUCUGCACCCACUCCAGAUGAUGCAGCGGCAGCAAAGUCUGAUGAGUUGGUCGUGGACCGCAGCUAUGUGAAGAAGAAACUGGAGCAUGGACUGACACGGAUCUGGCAGGAUGUCCAGUUGAAAGUGAAGGCCUACAUCCUGGGGACAGACAUGUCUAACUUCAAAUAUGAUGAUUUCAUAGUGGUACUCGAUAUCAUCAGCAGGCUGAUGCAGGUGGGCGAGGAGUUCUGCGGCAGCAAGUCUGAGGUCCUGCAGGAGUCCAUCAAACGCCAGAGUGUCAACUACUUCAAAAACUAUCACAGGGCACGACUGGAAGAACUAAGGAUGUUUCUGGAAAAUGAGACGUGGGAACUUUGUCCUGUCAAGUCCAACUUCAACAUCGCCCAGCUCCAUGAGUUUAAGUUCAUGGGCCAGUGUCGCUCUCCGUCCGUUUCCCCGAGCAGACAGGCCACGUCCGCGACCACUCCGUCACAGGAGGAGCUGUCUCUGUUCCAGCAGUUCCUUCUGGAGGGAAACCCUUUUGAGAUGCACAUCGAGCAAAAAGAGGAAGAGACUGAGGAUGUGCUGGCAUCGAACGGAUAUGAGUCAGACGAGCUGGAGAAGAGCGCGUAUCAGGAUUACGACAGCGACAGCGAUGUCCCCGAGGAGCUCAAGCAGGACUACGUGGACGAGCAGACGGGUGACGCCCCCCUCAAGAGUGUGUCCCGAGAGACCAUGAGAAGCAAGAAGAAGUCUGACUACAACCUAAGUAAAACCAAUGCACCAAUCCUCACCAACACCACCCUCAACGUCAUCCGGCUUGUUGGAAAGUACAUGCAGAUGAUGAACAUUCUGAAGCCAAUCGCCUUCGACGUCAUCCACUGUGUGUCACAGCUCUUCGACUACUACCUGUAUGCUGUGUACACCUUCUUUGGACGCAAUGACAUGCCCGUGCCAAGCCCUUCUUUGCCAACUCGUGGUGGCAGAGACGUGGGCCCUGCCAGGGUGGUGGGCCCUGCUUGCUUGUAUGAGUCAUCGGGCCUGGGCCUUAUCAGCAGCAGACUGAGAACCACACUGAACCGGAUCCAGGAGAGCCUCAUUGACAUGGAGGCGUUUGGGGAGAGUGCAGGAGUCCACGGCCAGGCAGAGGACAGGAAGGAGAAGGUUCCUAGCCCACAUCUCAGCCAACUGGUGGUCCUCACAAACAGUGGUACUCUCUAUGGGCUAGCACAGAGGGUGGUGGCUACUGAGUCUCUUGUGUUUCUGGCUGAGCAGUUUGAGUCCCUUCAGUCCCACCUGGACACAAUGAUGCCUGCAGCCAAGAAGCCUUUCCUGCAGCAGUUUUAUUCCCAGACGGUUUCUACAGCCAGUGAACUGCGGAAACCAAUAUACUGGAUUGUGGCAGCCAAGGCCAUCGACUACGAACAAAUGCUCCUCCUGAUGGCCGGAGUUAAAUGGGACAUUAGGGAGAUAAUGUCACAGCACAAUGUAUAUGUGGACGUCCUGUUAAAGGAGUUUGAGCAGUUUAACAAGCGGCUGGGUGAUGUUUCCAGACAUGUGCGCAUCCCACUGCCUGUGUCCAACGUCCUGUGGGAGCACUGCAUCCGUCUGGCCAACAGGACUCUUGUUGAGGGAUAUGCUAAUGUGAAGAAAUGCAGCAACGAGGGCCGCGCCCUGAUGCAGCUGGACUUCCAGCAGUUCCUCAUGAAGCUGGAGAAGCUGACGGACCUGCGACCCAUCCCCGACAAAGAGUUUGUGGAGACCUACAUCAAGGCUUAUUACCUGACGGAGAACGACAUGGAGCAGUUCAUCAAGAACCACAGGGAGUACUCCAUGAAGCAGCUAGCCAACCUGGUGAAUGUUUGCCUGGGCUCGCACAUAAACAAGAAAGCUCGCCAGAAACUCCUGGCAGCCAUCGAUGACAUUGACAGACCCAAGAGAUAAGACCGAUGCGCGGACGUGGAAACGCAUCGACCGACCCACGGAGACGGACGGAGCAGCAGAGGAACUCCCUCGGUGGAGCCCGGCGUCGGGUGUCUUCAGUUUUUGUUUCGGGCAUAUGCCAAUGUUGACGUGUCUUCAACGGCCACUACAGCGCAUACAUGUACAGUAGUGGAGCUACUGUAUACUAUAGCUCAAAUGUUAGCCAGGCGCUAGCUCUCUGUUAACCUGCAGUCUUUAUGUUAUCAAGAAGAGACACAGUGACGGACAUUAUUACUAACACUCACACUCACGCAUGCUUUUCAGUCCCUCUGCUCACGGACGUGCCGUCACAGAUGCACUCACCAUCUCAUUUAACACACGUGCUGCUAAUGAAUGUCUAGAGCGAGCGGUCUGCGAAUAUUGCCGUGACCGUGAAGGAACAGAUCUUGAGUUUCGUUCUGCAGGAUCUAACUGUGCAGAUGUGAACAUGUGGCCGUUUAUGGCGUCCCGUCUUUUUUUCACCAAAUGGGCUCCUUUGCUGACACAACUCCUGCGCCGAGAUGAAAAGAAAACAAUCGGGGGAGUAUUCAUGAGUCGCCUGAAUUCGAUUGUCACGUGACGUUGUUGAUCUUUGUGGUAGAUAUUGCCGGAGGGAGAACGGUCAUACAGCUCUGCGAUCUGAAUGUGUUCUCUGUAGGAGAUACAGUAAAGUAAAUCUGGGUUAUUGUUCACUUAAAUCAUUCAAGCUACUCCGGCCCGUGUGUCUGCUGUAUAUUCCACGGCAUCAUCGUCUGUUUCUCCAAUUUUUUAUUUUUUUCUCUCUAUGAAUUACGUAAAAUCUAAUAUAAUGAUGAUUCUGAAAAUAAUAUAAAUUGUUGUAGUUGGCCUUAACAUACUUUAUAGAUUAUAUCUGCACCAGCUGCGUUUGUUUGUUUGUUUGUUUGUUUGUUUGUUUGUUUCUGAGGACGAACUGAUUUUAUCGUCCCGGGGUGAGUUCAUGAACGUCUUUGUGAAGGUGCUUAUCUUGGACUCGAGUCUCCGGCCUUCGUGCUGAACAGUAAAAUGUUGGCUUGUGUUUUUAUCCAUGUUGUCGGGUUGUGCAGUCAAAACACUGAUAAUGAGUUGGUGGUUGAAUGGUGAUAAAACUACCAGAGCAGCUUUCCCUCCAGGCUGUAACGCUGCCCCCAGCAGUCCUCUCCAUUAGUUUGACCUGACCACGCCUGCCACGGGGGCAGAUCUAGAUUCAUGUCAAAUCGUUAAAAAAAAAAAAAAAAAAAAAAUGAAGUUACCGUUUGUGAUGCACCUUCAUGUAUACUUUGUGUACAACUAUUCCAAGACAAAAUACUGUAGAUGUCAAUGUUUUUGAACAGUGUAUUUAUUUCCUGCUUUGUGUCUUUGGUUAUGAUUUUAUAUGAUCAGUUCUGGGAGUCGCUCAUCACCUCUCGGUAUCUCGUAACUUAUAGAAUGAAGCAACAAGCAAAUAUCUAAACGUCGUCAGUUACAUCAAGGGUCGAGUGCACUAUAGGGGAAAUCAGUAAUCAGUGUCGGAAUCGUAGGUUAAGCCGAGAUGAUUCCAACGUAAUAAACACGCUAACAACA